AGCGUGCGCUCUAUCGUCAAGUUCUACAAAAAGCACGGGCACAGUACCAUCCCGCAGCGUACAGGACGGCCUCGGCGAACCAAUGACCGCGUCGAUCGCCGUAUAGUUCGGGAAGUAGAGCGCAACCGCUUUGUUAGUGCUGCGGUUGUCGCCGCUCAAGUGGCCAAGGACAUCGGUCAGCCAGUGUCAAGCACGCUCGUCCGCGAGCGGGUUCGAGAUACAGGGCUCCAUGGGAGAUCGGCUCGUAAGAAGCCAUACCUAAGUCGUAGGCACCGCCGGCUUCGCGCCGCUUACGCGAAGCGG